AAUAAAUACCGAACACUCUAAACUUUUCGCGGUCGAUUUACAGAUGGAAAACUUUAACAUGUGAUUUUAGGAUGGCAUUAUUAACACAACACGAUGAUAGUGAAAAUCAUUAUGUGAUGCUUGCUAAGUUAGACAAUGUAAGGAAUGUUUCAAACAUAUUAAAAGCCAUUCAUUUCAAAGAAACAGCUACGCUUUUUGCAAGUUCUCUUGGAAUUAAGGUGACAGUGGAGGAUUCUAAGUGUGUUCAGGCCAAUGCCUUCAUUCAAGAGGGAGUUUUUCAUUACUUCAAUGUGAAAGAUGAACAGAUUACAUUCAAAAUCAAUUUAACUGUCUUUUUGGAAUGUUUGACAAUAUUUGGGAGUACAUCAAUGCCUGGGAUUUCCACCAGCCUCAAGAUGUGCUAUGCUGGUUAUGGCUGCCCACUAGUGUUAGUACUUGAAGAAGAAGGCGUGCUUACAGAUUGUACUAUAAAGACCCUUGAACCAGAUGAAGUUUUGGACUUCAACUUUUGCAGUUCAAAUGUUAUCAACAAAGUAAUCAUGAAGUCAGAGUGUCUGAAAGAAGCCUUCAGUGAACUCGACAUGACUAGUGAUGUUCUUCAAAUUUUGAUGUCACCAGAUCCUCCAUACUUCAGACUUUCAACAUUUGGCAAUGCUGGCAGUACCCACUCUGAUUUUCCAAAAGACUCUGACAUGAUAGAGUCCUUUACGUGUACCCAAACAAAGACAAACAGGUACAAAAUCUCGCUGCUAAAGCCAUCAGUGAAAGCCCUUGGGUUAUCCACAAGGGUCUCGAUCCGAACAGAUAAUCGUGGAUUCCUAUCUCUACAGUACAUGAUUAAGAAUGAAGAUGGACAAGUAUGUUUUGUAGAAUACUAUUGUGCACCAGAUGAAGAUGAAGAUGAUGAGGAGAGCUAAUGAGUUCUUAUUUUUUAUUGUUAAAUGUUAAUUAUAUUAUGAAGAAACAGAUUUCUUUGGAAAAAAUUGAAUAAAACAAAGUUGCUUUGAGGUUA